AUGGAAGCUAUGGUAAAGAACGCUAUACAGCAAUUUUGUGAAGAAAAUAACAUCUUACAGGAUUUUCAACAUGGCUUCCGGAGAGGACGUUCCUGCCUCUCAAAUCUGCUAGCUUGUCUGGAAAUCUGGACCAGGGCUCUAGAAGAGGGUUUUGAGGUCGAUGUCGUGUACAUCGAUUUCCGCAAAGCUUUUGACACUGUCCCACACCAACGUCUUCUUCACAAAUUGAGCGACAUCGGCAUCCGGGGAGAUCUUCUGAACUGGAUUAGGGCGUUUCUGGUUGGUCGGAAACAACGCGUCUGUAUCGGGGAUGAUAUGUCAGAAUGGAUGAAUGUGACCAGUGGUGUGCCGCAAGGCUCAGUUCUGGGACCAUUGCUCUUCAUCCUUUACGUUAACGACAGCCUUCAGGAACUCGUUUGCGGCAAAAUAAUGUUUGCAGACGACGUUAAGCUCUGGCAAGUCAUUAAGGGUCCGACUGAUCAGACAUCCCUUCAAGAUAAUCUGCACCGACUGCAAGCGUGGUCGAAGAAAUGGCUUCUAGAUUUCAAUGUGGAGAAGUGUGCCGUCCUUCAUCUGCGUCCAACCAACUCUCAUUCAAAUGAGAGUCUGAGGACUUAUCACCUGAAAGAUAUAAGGCUCCCCGCAGAAUCUUCACAGAAGGAUCUCGGGGUUUGGAUACAGAACAACAAGAAACCAACACUGUAG